AACAGGUGGAGCUGAGGUCACUAUCAGUUCGAGAGUUACUACCAGAAACUGAUUUCUACAUGACUUAUGAUGGAUCAGCUACUAUGCCGGCUUGUCACGAGACGGUAACAUGGAUUGUGAUGAAUAAACCUAUUUAUAUCACCAAACAACAGCUCUACGCUCUCCGGAAACUCAUGCAAGGAGACCAGAGUAAUCCAAAAGCACCUUUGGGUAAUAAUUACAGACCACCCCAGCUCAUGCAUCACAGGGUUGUUCGAACUAAUAUCGACUUUAAUCGCCCAAUGGGCCAACAGUGUCCAACAAUGCACAAUUCCUUGUUUUACCAAGUUAACUAUAACAACUGGAGACAGUGAAAUUCUGCCCACAUCCAGUGCCUUAUUAGCCCAGCCAAUAAACGUUCCUUUUGUUCGAAUGACUUCACGGCAGGUCCGUGUUGCUGUAGUAAAAAAUGGUGGACUUUCCCCAGUUUUAGAAACUCCAUUCCUUUCCCCAAAACACAUCCCUUCUGUCAUUUUUAAUCUCAGCAAAGAAUUUCGCAUUUCUUUAAGUGGAGUCCAGAGAAGAAACACUUCACCGCAAUCAAGAGGCGAUCAUUCUAGACCCAUCACUGGAGAGAUAAAAUUUUAAAAACUCCAGAUACCCAAUAGAAAAUUGUGAUACGAUGUAAAUGAUGAUGUACAUAAUUAUUAUAUAUAUUUUAUAAGAGGAACCGAUUUUAUUGUGGUUGCAUUACUUGGAUUUGCUAAUAUAGAAAGCAAUUCACUUUC